CCCACGUCCUCCCAUCCCUCGCCCCUUUUCCCUCUGAUGAAACCUCCCACGCCGCAUCUUCUCUUCUCGCUUCCUCGCCGCCAUGCGCCAACCCCGCCAUCAGCUGUCGAUCCGGCUGCGUACUUCCACCCUCGUCGCCCUCCCUAGUCCAGUAACGUCACCCGCUCCCUUCAACUCCCGUAUAGGUCUUCGUGGCCCUCAGAUCUGGCAGCCCUCAGCCACGACGCUGCCGGAUCUGGUCGGCUUGGCCUCGUCACCCCAACCAAUAGGUGCUCGACGCCUCUCCUCGGGACCGUAGCGGUAUUCUUCGUCGGCUCUCUAUCCCUCCACCUCCUGCGCCAUGUAUCGGCCUUCAGCCCUUUCUUGAAGCUCCUCCUCAUCCAAGUGGUCACCUGAUGCUGCCGAGUGGACCACGCUCACUCGCGCCUUCGCCCGCCAGUACCUGGUUUGGUCGCCACCUCCUUUGCACAAUUCGUCGAGCAGGUCAUCUGUGUGGCGUAUGUGUGCUGUUGUAAUGGAUGGUGGGCUUUUUUCUGGUGGUUUGGGUGCAGGAUUUGCUCUUGUGUUUCAAGUUGAAUACUGGGGAGAUGGAGGAGAUGUGCCACGGCAGGCUACUGUGGUGGUGAGAUUCAGGUCUAAGUCGGGCCUGUCUGAAGAGCAAGAAUAUAAAGCUUUUGAGCUUAGGCACAUGAAUCAAGCCCCCAGAAUCCGAUGGUCUACUGAGCCAGUUUUAUGCUUGGCGAGGAAGGGUGGAACAGUGAACCUUGCCACACAAUGGCAGCCCCUUCGCCUGAUGACCUUUUCCAAUCACGAUGACCUCCCGUCGCUGCUGAAGGAAUUGGAAACAGUACUGGAGGAAUUGUGAUCUAUGGCAAGGGUGAUGGUGUCUAUGGAUGGUGAUGAAGGGUGACGAGUCUAAUGUCUUUCGUCAAGACAUGCAACAAAGUGAAGUUAUGAAGUUCUGGUCAAUUUAGCUUAUGCAUAAUGCUUGGACCAUUAGAUCUUAGUUACUAUUUUGUUUUGCAUUUCAAACUUCCUAGAUAGAUCAUGGUGAUCAGUGUAAUUUUGAUGCAACUCUUCUGAUAUUCCGGCGAAGACGCUGGUGCGGAAACCGACUCCACAGACGAA